AUGGAUUCUAAUGAGAUACUGUCAUAUUGUACUGAAUGUUCUGGCUUCCCGGAGAAGAUGAGAGCAUGUUUGCACCCACAUAGUUUAGUAUUGAGGUCUGGACCUCAGGUGUUUUUUACCGGGGUGCUGGCUCGAACUGUAAUCAUGGUCAAGAAAACAAUUGACUCGUUCUUUAAGAGAAGAAGCGUUGAACAAAGUAUUGAACACAAUACAACUGCAGAACAAAGUGUUGAACACAAUACAACUGCAGAACUUUUACAAAGUGCAAUUGGAACUUCAACAAUUGAACCUCAAACUCGUCCUCUCAAAACUCCUAGAGUUGAAGUGAAAGAAUUUGAUUCGUCUUCUUUAAUAAGGGAUCCGGGUUUAAGACGACCAAUAAGGGAUUAUCCAACUUCCGAACGUGAUGAGGUCCGACGAGCUUAUCUAACGUUUGGACCAUAUCAACCAGAAUUUCCGAAAGACCAAUAUCCUAAAGAUGGCAAUGGUCGUCGCUUUCUACCUUCUUGGUAUAAGUUGUAUCUAGAGUGGUUGGAGUAUUCUCCAACAAAAAAUUGUGCCUAUUGCCUUCCGUGUCAUCUUUUUGCUCAGGAAUCUAGACGCCCCGGAUAUAAUGCUUUUGUUGAUCAUAGAUUUUCAAAAUGGAAGAAAGUCAAUAACAGUAUGAGGUGCCCUUUCGCAAUUCAUAUGGGAAAAGACCUUAACUCGUGCCAUAGAUGCGCUUUGGGUAAAUGUCAUGAUUUAUUGAAUCAAGCACAGCAUAUUGAGAAAGUAGUUGAGAAACAAACUUCUGAACAAGUUGCAAAAAAUCGUUUGAGAUUGAAGACCUCAAUAGAUGCAGUGAAAUGGCUCACAUUGCAUAAUUGUGCUCUUAGAGGCCGUGAUGAAAGCUCUACAUCUAGCAAUAGAGGGAAUUGUAUUGACCUGAUAGAGUUAUUGGCUUCUUAUAAUCCCGAUGUUGACAAAGUUAUUAAUGGUGGAAAAUUUUGCAUUAUUGUUGAUGAGUCUCAAGAUGAGUCAAAUAGAGAGCAAAUGGCUAUUGUUUUAAGGUUUGUUGACAAGGAUGGUCUUAUACAAGAGCGAUUUUUUGAUAUAGUUCAUGUAUUGAACACUGCGUCAGCAACUUUGAAAGAGCAUAUAUGUACUGUUCUCGCUUGUCAUAGCCUUAGUGUUCAAAACAUUCGUGGUCAAGGAUAUGAUGGUGCUAGUAACAUGCGUGGAAGAUGGAAAGGGUUGCAAGCUUUAUUCUUGAACGAUUGUCCAUUUGCAUAUUAUGUUCAUUGCUUCGCUCAUCGGCUUCAAUUAGCAUUGGUUGCGGCAUCUAAAGAAGUUAUAUCUGUCAAGAAUUUCUUCUCUUAUGUGACUCUCAUAGUCAAUAUCAUUGACUCCUCUCCUAAAAAAAAUGAUCAAUUUAGAGGUAUUCAAGCUGCAGAAAUUGCUGAAAAACUAGCUGUUGAUGAUGACGAGCUUGAGACUGGUAAAGGAAAUAAUCGAAUUCGUAAGUUGAAACGAGCUGGAGAUACUCGAUGGGGUUCUCAUUUCGGUUCUAUUUCUAGUUUAAUGAGUUUAUUUAGUUCAACUUGUUUAGUGUUAAAAGAGAUCAUCAAUGACAAAGACAGCACCUCUACUCAGCGUGCAGAAGCAGAUGGAGCUUAUGAUGCCAUUACCACUUUUGAAUUUUGUGGGCAUGCGCCCCGGAAAUCUCGCUGGUAG